CGGCUUCGGCUGUUUCUGGCGUUGCGCUCGCGGCGACGUAAAACACGAGCAGGAGAGAAAGAACCGGACUGACGUUACGUUUACUGGAUUAUUAUUGAUAUUAUUGUUGUUGUUAUUAUUAUUUCCCAGUCGUCCUGUGUUAUAUCGGUGUUUACUGAGGCCGCGCGCUGCUGUAGCGGAACAUGGCGGAGUGCUGAGGGCUGAUGGUCUCGGGGAGUAACGGGGAGCGCGCGCGCAGCAGCGGGAGGAGUGUAACGGGGUAAAGCGCGAGCUGCUGCUGCUGUGUCCCGGUGUGUGUGUGUGUGUGAGUGAGAGAGAGUAUGGCGGGAGUGUGUAACGGCUCCACAUCUGGGCCCGGUGACAUCAUCCAGCUGAACGUCGGCGGCACGCGGUUUAGCACCUCGAGACAGACUCUCAUGUGGAUUCCAGACUCUUUCUUCUCAAGUUUACUCAGUGGGAGGAUAUCAACACUAAGGGAUGAAACUGGAGCUAUAUUUAUCGACAGAGACCCGACUGCAUUUGUGCCCAUUUUAAACUUCCUUCGUACUAAAGAAUUAGACUUAAGAGGGGUCAGCAUAAGCAUUCUGCGCCAUGAAGCUGAGUUUUACGGAAUUACGCCUUUAGUUCGGCGCUUGUUGCUGUGUGAGGAGCUAGAGAGAUCGUCAUGCGGCAGUGUGCUGUUCCAUGGUUACCUCCCACCUCCAGCUAUCCCAGCUCGCAAAGCCGUCGGUGGACAGAGUGUGACUGCUGGAGUGCAGGAGGAGUACCCAGGCCCGGGCGGGGCCGAGGGGGGAUUCUCUCGCUCAUACUCACACACAUCUCUGCCUGGGCCUAAUGGAAUAGAGGGAACCACGAAACUUGCUGGAUUGACAGUUGAUCCCAGGAAGGUGCUAAUCGUCGCUGGUCAUCACAACUGGAUAGUUGCAGCCUAUGCUCAUUUUGUCAUCUGCUACAGGAUAAAGGAAUCCUCGGGAUGGCAGCAGGUCUUCUCGAGUCCGUACCUCGACUGGGUCAUCGAGCGGGUCGCGCUAAACGCCAAAGUAGUCGGUGGUCCCCAUGGAGACAAAGACAAGAUGGUUGCGGUGUCAUCUGAGAGCAGGAUCAUCCUGUGGAGCAUCCAGGAUGGAGGAAGUGGCAACGAGAUAGGUGUGUUCAGUCUUGGCGUGCCUGUAGAUUCUCUUUUCUUCAUUGGGAGUCAGCUGGUGGCCACCAGUCACACUGGGAAGGUCGGUGUGUGGAACGCAGUGACGCAGCACUGGCAGGUGCAGGAUGUUGUGCCCAUCACCAGCUGUGACACCGCAGGAUCCUUCCUUCUUCUUGGAUGCAAUAACGGCUCCAUUUACUACAUCGACAUGCAGAAGUUCCCACUGAGAAUGAAGGACAAUGACCUCCUGGUGACUGAGCUCUACCACGACCCCUCAAAUGAUGCCAUCACGGCCCUGAGUGUCUACUUAACACCUAAAACCAGCGUGAGUGGAAACUGGAUUGAGAUCGCAUACGGCACCAGUUCAGGUGCGGUGCGUGUCAUAGUGCAGCAUCCGGAGACGGUUGGAUCUGGACCUCAGCUGUUUCAGACGUUCACAGUCCACCGCAGCCCUGUCACUAAGAUCAUGCUGUCUGAGAAACACCUUGUGUCCGUGUGUGCAGACAAUAACCACGUGAGGACGUGGACGGUGACUCGCUUUAGAGGCAUGAUCUCGACUCAGCCUGGAUCCACGCCGCUGGCUUCCUUUAAGAUCAUCUCGCUGGAGGAGACGGAGAGCCACAGCAGCUACUCCUCAGGCAACGACAUCGGUCCAUUUGGAGAGAGAGAUGACCAACAAGUAUUCAUUCAGAAAGUCAUUCCUAUAACCAAUAAACUCUUCGUGCGCCUCUCCUCUACUGGAAAGAGGAUCUGUGAGGUGCAGGCUGUGGACGGCACCACUAUCACAUGUUUCACGGUCCGCGAGUGUGAGGGCUCCAGUCGUAUGGGCUCCCGGCCGCGGCGCUACCUCUUCACCGGCCACGCGAACGGCAGCAUCCAGAUGUGGGAUCUAACCACGGCCAUGGACAUGGCGAACAAAAGCGAAAGCAAAAGCAAGCGUGAUGCUGAAGUGGGCGGGCCUACAGAGGAGGAGCUUCUGAAGUUGCUUGAUCAGUGUGACCUCAGUACAUCACGCUGUGCCACACCCAAUAUUAGCCCCGCCCCUUCGGUGCUGCACCACAGCCGACUCCGAGAGUCCUGCUCCAGUCUCCAGCUGCAGGCACAGGACCUCCUGGCAGAGACUGCCACAUACGGAGCCGUGCGCCCGUACCGAGAGAGCCCGCUGCUGGCACGUGCCCGUCGCACCGAGAGCUUCAGCACCUAUCCUGACUUCCACACCCUCAACCUGGCCAAAGUCCUGAGGGAACACGCCGACGACGACAGCAGCAACGGUGACUCUGGAGACAAGAGGAGCUCCGAGAGUCCGGCGAGCGCCGCAGACGCCACCAGAGACCCUCGGCGCAGGGCACACUCCUCCGACGAAGGGACGUCCGAGGGCAGACCGGACGGGAGAAGGAGAGGAACACUAGACGGGAACUUCCUAUCUCGGAAGAAGGCUCCUCCCGUUCCUCAGCUGAGCUCGGCGUCUGUGGGGAGCGAGGCAGGAGGCAGCGAUUCGUCCAGCACCGCCUCGCCGUCUCCCACUAAAGCGUCCACGUCGCCGCGGCACCGCAGGUGUCUAGACAUGAGCGACUGACACUCUGAACACCCAGACGGUGCACGUCUACUAACAAACACAGCAGUAUUAAGAAAUCUUUAAAACAUAAACAUAUGCCUGAAGCAAGUUACCAAAUGAGUGAAAUAUUUUAUAUAUCUUAAACACACUGCAAACUCCUUCCUCAGUUCAGAAGCACUUUAGUGUGAGUUUAACGCUCUAAUUCGUGUGAAGGUGAGUUAGUCACUACAGUAACUUUCAUCGUGUUCAUGCUUCCUGUCUGUAAAGCAGUCGCACUUUAUUUUUGCGCUUUUCACAUUUAAAGAAGGGAAGAAUCUCGCAGUUACUCGCCGGUGCCUUUUUCAUUUCAGAUGUUUAGGAAGAUUGUGAGCUCGAGAUGGUUUGGGUUGUUUUUGAGUGGACUGUUCACAAAGGGAUCAUUACAAGGGAGUUACUGAGACUUUUCUAGAGGUUUAUGGAAUUUCUUUGUCAAGCAUAAAGGAAGUAAUUUCCGUUCUGAUUGAGUCACUUGGUGCAGAAAAAUAUUUGUGGCAGUGUGGAGAAAAAACACAAGAGCACUAAGGGGUCGGGUAUAUUAUUAUAUGCUUAAUAUUAAAUACUUAGUAUUAAUUAAUUAAUUCAUUCAUUCAUUUAUUCUGCUAGGACUUACAUACUCAUUUUUUUAGGUUUAUUUCAUGGAUAAAACAUUCUCAUAAAACACACGCUCUCACUUAUGCAGGUCGGUACUCCUUAUAUCAGAAUCUGUUACAUUUCUGAAUAGAUGUUUUGUUUUUUACAUUAUCUGUGUU